AUUAGUUGAACAAACAUAGUUAAUGUUCAAUCGAAGACAUAUUAAUUUGAUGAACACUAAAUAUGGAAGAUUAAUAAAAAAUUUCUUUCAUGCUUUUGUUUUGUUUUUUAUUUUUAUUUUUAAUUAGAGCUUUAAUAUUAAUUUUAGAUUUGAUUAUUUUAUUAGAUGAUAGAAUCAUUUUUUUUGUUUUUUAUUCUUUUAUUUAAAUAUAUAAUAUUUUUUAACAAAUGACUUUUUGACAACAUGACUCCAAAAUUCGUAUAAUAUACAAUAUGAUCUCAAACUAAAUAAUUUUAUUUUUUGGUAUAAAACCGAAUAAAAUGCAAACCGGCGGUAUAUAAACCAAAUUGAACCAAAGUAAAUAUGGAUUUAGAAUAUUAGUUAUAUUUUACAAACCAAAAUACCGAAAAAACCGAACCAAACCGAAAACCAACAUGAUAUUCGGAUUGAACACCCCUAAUGCAAAUAAAACCGAACUAUUAUUUCAUUCUCCAAAACAUAAUAAAAAUAACAACUUCAUCCCGCACAAGGCGCGGAUCUUAUCUUAGUUUAUUGUUAUUGCACGCAAGAUUCAUUAUUUUAAAAAGCACAGAUGUAAUCAAACGCUGAACAAGAUAUAUGAUGUUGUUUCUAAAGAAAGUUCUUAAUUAUUUACACUAAUUUCUCUGAUAAUUUUGUUUAGCUAAUCACAUAAAAGAUAAGUAGGAUAUACACUUUGCAUAUCUUGUUGUGUCUUAUCUACUAUUUUUAAUAAUUAUAUACUAGUUUUGUAACAAAUAGUAACAAAAAGAUAUAUUCAAAUAUGUAAUAUAUAGUUUUGAUCUUUUUCUAUAUGAUGCCAAAAAAGAAGAAGAUCUUUUUCUAUAAUAAGAAAGAUAUGGUCAAAAAUACCUAAUCUAAGAAAUGACUACACCUUUAUCUAAUUUUCAAAUAGUUACUUACCUCUUUUAUAUAUACAAAUACAAUUCACUUUCCACAAAUGCGAUCCUCUGCGAUUUAUUACCCUAAAUCGCUUAAACCUAACAAAAACAUACAUUUUACAUAGACCCUUUUAUAUAACACUAUUCACUUUUCACCAAUGUGAGUCUUCUCUUUUGUUAUGGUGUAGAUUUGUUGUUAAUUUGAACUCCCCUUCUUACUCUCUCUUUAAAUUAUUACCAUUACCCUAAAUCCUUUUCAAACCAAACAGAUUUCAAGAAACACACAAAGAAAAAGAUGCCUCUAGGCCACCAUGUAAUAGGUUGCAUGAACUUCAUCUCCGUGCUCCUCUCAAUUCCAGUCAUCAGCGCCGGAAUCUGGCUAUCUAUGGGAGCAGUGAACUCAUGUUUCAAGCUCUUUCAGUGGCCAAUAAUAAUCCUCGGAAUCUUGAUCCUCCUAGUGGGUCUUGCUGGUCUCAUUGGAGGGUUCUGGAGAAUCACUUGGCUUCUCGUCGUUUCCUUAAUUGCAAUGUUUGCUCUUAUUGUACUUUUAAGUGUUCUUAUCGGAUUUAUCUACAUGGUUAGCAUGAAAGGCUCUGGUCAUCCAGAACCAAGUAGAGCUUAUCUUGAGUAUAGUCUUCAAGACUUCUCUAGUUUCUUACGUCAAAGAGUUCAGAAAUCUUACAAAUGGGAUCGUAUUCGUACUUGUUUGAGUGCUACUAGCAUAUGUCCUAAAUUAAACCAGACAUUCCCUAUCGCUCUGGAUUUCUUCAAUGCUCAUCUUAGUCCCAUUCAAUCUGGUUGCUGCAAGCCCCCAACACAAUGUGGCUUCCAGUUCGUGAGCCCUACUAACUGGAUAGGUGCAGUAAAUGUGUCUGCAGACACGGACUGUCAACAGUGGAGCAAUGUACCAGACACUUUGUGCUACAGUUGUGAUUCUUGCAAAGCCGGUUUGCUCGCAAACCUCAAGGUAGAUUGGUUAAAAGCGGAUAUCUGUCUCCUUUUGGCGUUUAUCGGUUUAAUAAUCGCUUAUCUAACCAGCUGCUGCCUCCGAAACGGUAAAACUGAGAGUAUUUUAGCACGAUAUAAGCAGGGUGAUAGUUAUACAUGAUCCGGAUGAGAAGUUUUAGUGGCAAAAUUGUGGUGAAGUUUCUUAAAUUAUUGAAAUUUCUGUAAUUUAGUUUCUUUUACGUUUUGUCCACUGUAGUUUUUUCUUAUAUGCACUACUAUAAUAUUUGCUUGUAACUGGAAUAAUGUUUUGCAUCUCUCUUUGGUUUGGGUUGUGCUAAAAAAAAAUUCUCUUUUGUUUGGGUUGCAAAACAUUGCAUUUGUUAAAAAAAUAUUAUAACAUAAUAAUAUAAAAUGGAAUGUGAGUGGCAAUUUGGUCAUGUCGUCAAGAAUGUUGAGAAAAUGUAGGUUCAAAAUUCUUAGGGCUGUAUAUUAUCUACGUUAGAUUGAUUCAAUCCGAAAAUUUCAGAUAUCCAUAAAUCUUUGAAGCAAAAUAAAUCUAUUAUAUUAAAAGAGAAGUCAAAACUUUGAUUCAUGUGUGAUUUUUUUAAAAAUGAACUCUUAACUAGAAAUCUUACCAUUCAUUAAUUACUAAACCUAUGAUUCAAUAAUAUAUCAUUCCUAAUAAAUUAUUCCUAAAAAUCAGGAUUGAUUAACAAAUACAUAUUUGAAUACUAAAUAAAUUAUUUAUAUUGGUGUAAUUUAGAUAAUUCCACAAUUCUAGAGAACCAUUUUUUUCAGUUAAUUAUCAGUCGAUGGUUUUACAUAUGAUUAAUAAGAUAAGCAAAUAAAA